CUUGCUGGACCGAUACAUUCCACUUGGUUUCAACUUGGCAACGUACCAAACCUAAUACCUAAUACCCUGACACAUCUCGACUCCUCUCAGGCAUGCAUUGGAUAUUCUGCGACGCACGCAUGCCGAAUCUCUGGAUGGCGAGGUACGACCUCCCAUCACGGCUCGCAGGACACAAACACCUCUUUCUGGUCGAUCAUGCUCUCUCUCAGGUACCAUACGACCCUGCGAGGGGGUUUGUAGCACCCCGGUUUGCCAAUCUCUGGCCGGACGAGAUCGACGCGCAGGAAACAGAGCCUGGGCUGGAGGACGAGGUCGUGCGGGCUCACGUGCGGGGGAGGGCGCUGAAAGAUGCGGGAGGAAGAAGAGGGAAGAGUCCGUGGGUGGACGCAAGCGCGAGCUGGCUCCUAGCGCUGUGGCAUGCCUCGGCGCUUGCCGAGCGCGGGUACUCGGAUGUCCACCUCUCAGUCAUUUCCGUCAAUUCCGCCCCUCCCGGUGCGCAGAGAGAGAGGAAAUGGUACGCCCUCGACCUGCUGCGAACAGGCAAAUCGCCAGCACUGAGCGUGGACGAGCUCUCUGCCGAAGAACGCUGGGCUAGCGUGUUCCAGCAAGUUCUCGUAUUCGGCCAUAUUCCACCCAGCGCAAUCGUAUCCCGCGUACCUGUCGAACGGCUCAUCCCCGCCCUUCCCGCUAAUUUCUUCCACCCGGGCGAGUCCCGAACGUUGGACAACCUCAUAUGGUUCAACAGUCCCCAGAAGGGGGUGCGAAUCGUCGCUCCUGUAGGGAUAAGCGCGGGCGACCCUGCCCACCCUGGUGUGCAUACAGAAGAAGAGAUUGGCCACGCUGGCGCAAGGCUUGCCAUCGCUACGCUGCACGUGCCGCCAUGCGCCAUCCUCGCCUACCGGUUGCCAAUCGACGCGCUCGCAAAGGAGAUUGCGCAGGCAUUCAGUAGCUCUGCUUACCCAUCACCGGCAUGGGAACGCAUCGAACGCGCGGUGCAGAAAGAGAUCGACUGCCGUCAUCGGGAGUUUGUACAGGGCGUAAAGGAAUUUGUAACACUCGAGCUUGAGUACGCCCAGCAGUCACUCGAUGACAUCACUGUGCUUGUGAAGGGCACGCUGGAAGACAACUUCAUGCGACCACCUCGACCUCACAGGCCACACUAUGCCGACUUCGUUAAUCCAGGCGAAGCUUCUACCUCCUCUUCCGCCCAAGGGAGCGCGGGAGGACCACGAUCAGUCCACUCGGCCGACACAGCAGCACAGAGCAACACCCUCUCCCGCCUAGCGGGGAUAAUAGAGGCUACGCGGGAGUUCGAGAACUGCAUAAGAGCGGCACGCAGGGUGCUCGAUUGGCUUGUACCCCUCAGAGAGGAGGACGAGCUCGUAAAGGAGGUGUUGUUAGCUGCUGUAGGUGCGCUUGCGGCUAGGGGCGUGGAGGAUGCAGAAGCGUGAGAUUCGGAUGGACUUGGUUGGAUGAACACUGGUGUUGAAGAGCUGUGAGAAGGCCACGGUAACGCCAGCAUCGGAAGCCAUAAGCCAAUUUCAAUAGUCACCUGCAACGAGGCUUCCUGCCUUACGACAAGCACGGGACCUCGCAACGAAGACUGAGACACUGCGAACAUAACACAAGGGUCGUGCCCCCCGUCUCGAGAUGUUCAACCACAUCUUUCAUCCCAACAUCCUCAGAAGCAGGCACGCACCCCGGAGGCGGGUACAAGACGACGCCCUUUCCCGGUCUCUCAAGGGGAGAUGACAGGGAAGCCCCC